CACUCGCACACUAGCCAAUAGGAAGAUGCAUGACCCCUAUAAAAAGCAUCGGUUUUGAAGCUGAAGACACCAGAACGAGAGAGCAAGAGAAUUAGAAGGAAAACAAAUGAACUGUAGGUUGGGAUGCAUUUUCAAGGGGACGUGAAGAAAAUAAACUAAACUUCUAAUUGUUUUAAAAUGUCAUCAUGAGCGUUAAUCUUGUCAAGUCUCUUGCUCGGGUUUAUGACUCCAAACCACUUCAUGCUCAGAAACGAUCGAAUGGUGGAAGAGCCACAGCAAGAACAGCUUCCCUUUCUGCUUUCUACCUCAUACAAAUGUCCAUCUUCACCACUUCCUGAUAAGCCUUCUUCAAAAUCCUCCACAUCUUCUGCUCUCGUACAUAUUGAAGUACAAGUUAGUGAUCUGAAUGAUAAGAUGGACAGCAUCCUCACCCUGCAGGAAGCGUCUCUACUGGAUACUAUCGGUCAAGAUCAAGGCACAGCUACAGGUGGGCGAAGUGUGGAGCAGAUGUUGUGUGACGUGCGUGUUGUUAUAGAAGCUGUUCGAGAGAAGGAGGAACAACAGGAUCAGCGACUUGAAUCUUUGGAGCGACUGGUCAGCGGCAUUCAGCAGGUUGUCAGUUUUGUUGCUGAAGUGUUGAAACGCUCAAGAUCGGCGGGUCUCUUGAAAAACACACACUCAAGAUCCAGCUGUAGGUUUAGAGAAAAGGAUGGUAGUGAUAAAUCUAAAGUGUACCAAAAGGGGUCGAAAACCCAGAAGAAAAAGAAACCACUGGAUGCAUCAGACUUAUUCCAGGCUGGUUUUGAAGAAGUGCAGAACCAACAGAACAAUCAGCUUUCUCAAAGCACAGCUGCACAUCUGGAUCUUAUUGAAGAGGAGCAAGAAGUAGACAAAUACAGGGAAGGAAAGGAUGGCAAACAACAGACUGCAGUGGAAGAAGAGGCAAAAGAGCAAGCAAUUGUUGCUGAAUUAUUUCAGAUAAAAGAGGAGGAUAAAAAGGAGGAAGAGAAUAGGUUAAAGAAAGAGGAGGCUUUUGGGUUAUCUGAAGUAAACCAACUAGCUGCUCUGAACUCAUCUGACCGGACAGAUGGAAGAAUUACAGUCACACAAGAAAGCUGUGAGGAGAAUCUGGAAAUAAUUUUCAGCACUAAGAGGCAUGUUACUGAUGAGACUCUGCCAGAUGAACUUAAAAAAAGCCGAGUGGAGGAGGAUAAGGAAUUGAAGGAGGAAGAGGUGGCAGGACUUGAAGCUGCAGAGGUGGGACCAGAGAGGACAGAAGAGAAGAGGAAAAAUGCAGAGCCAGUAAUUGAUGAAUAUGUCAUUGAUUCUUCCCCUCCUCCACCUGCACCAUUUGAACACCGUCUAGUCACAACCAAAACUCACCAGAUUACAAGUUACUACACUAUCAAUAAAGAGGAAGUUCUUGGAGGAGGACGCUUUGGCAUGGUCCACAAAUGUGUAGAGAAAUCUUCAGGCCUCGUAUUAGCAGCCAAGAUCAUCAAAGCCAGGAGUCAGAAAGAGAAGGAGGUAGUGAAGUGUGAGAUUGAAGUGAUGAACCAGUUGAAUCAUGACAAUCUGAUCCAGCUCUACGCUGCAUUUGAAUCACGACAUGAAAUCAUUCUAGUGAUGGAGUAUGUUGAUGGCGGAGAGCUGUUUGACCGGAUCAUAGAUGAGAACUACAAGCUGACCGAGUUGGACACGGUGCUGUUCAUCAGACAGAUCAGUGAAGGGCUUCAGUAUAUGCACAAGAUGUACAUAUUACACCUUGACCUAAAGCCAGAAAACAUUCUCUGUGUCAGUCGACAAACUAACAAGGUGAAAAUAAUUGACUUUGGGCUCGCAAGGAGAUAUAAACCUAGGGAGAAGUUGAGGGUGAACUUUGGUACACCUGAGUUCCUGGCUCCUGAAGUCAUCAACUAUGAAUUUGUCUCAUUCCCAACUGAUAUGUGGAGUUUAGGUGUCAUCACUUACAUGCUGCUCAGUGGCUUGUCUCCGUUCCUGGGUGAGGAUGAUAAUGAGACACUAAAUAACAUCCUGGCAUGUCAGUGGAGUUUUGAAGAGGCAGAAUUUGUCGACAUCUCUGAGGAGGCCAAAGAUUUCAUCUCACGCCUGCUCGUGAAGAGCAAAAGUUGGAGAAUGAGUGCAUCCCAGUCCCUAAAACACCCAUGGCUUUCAGACCGAGCCCUUCACUACCAUCUGCGCCAUAAGAAAAACAAGUGUCAUUCUUCACAUGCCCCUCCUCCAGAGGGAUAAACAGAAGUGAUCAUUGGAUCUCCUGGCGCCUUGGUGACACACUGGACCAAUACUGUUGUAUAUUAAUAUUACAAUAUAUGUCAUAUAUUGACUGUAAAAUGUUUAUUAACUUCUUACCUCAACUUUAAGCUAAAACAGCAUAUACACAUGAAAUGUACAGUCCUCCACAAGAAUAUUUCUCAAUUUUUUAAAUGGUGGCUAUUUAUGGCUCUGUGAGGAACUUGCCCUGUGCCCCAGUCCUGGUUUAAGUGGAAUUUAACUGUCUGGUGGCUGUCCUCUUAUGAAAAAUUACUAUAUACAAAUAAUACUCCAGUGAUUUGGUCUUGUAUGUGCACUUUAUAAUAGCCCAGGACUUUGGAAAAUAUGUGAAUGACUAAGAGUGCAACAGAAAUCAUCAUUCAUACUCUAUACGCACAAAUGUAUUGAGUCUUAUCAUGGUAAUGUUCUGUGCAUCAUUGGUUUAUGGUAACAUUUAAUUUGCAUAAUAUUUAUGAAGGUAUUAGAAUUCACAAAGGAAACAGUACUGUAUUUUACACUUGAAAUUCUAGCAUCCUUGAUGUUAAAAUCCCUAAAAAUAAUCUGUCAUUUUGAAUGUAAUGUCUUUUCUGCUGAUUUUCAUGAAGUUUAAGUGUCACGAGUUUGGAGUUUGUCUGUGUGCAUGUAGCUACUUUUGUCUGACACAAACAGGGGCGCCCCCAAGGGGUGGCCACCCCUGUAUAAACUCUGGCCACCCCUGUGGCCACCCCUAGGAUGAUUUGCAGUGGGUACUAUUCAUUUAAAUGCAGAAUGUAAAUUCACAAUAGUUUAAGAAGUGAAAAAAAAAUACAGCACCUGCUGCAGCCACAGUUUUGAGUCUCUGAGCAACAUUAAAGUGCUUCGUUCCUGAAUGAAUCAACCAUUUAAAUGAUUCGGUUCAAUCGCAAUGACUCACUUAUUAACAGUGACUCGCUGCCACCUAUUGGCGGUUUUAAUUUCACAUUUUAUGGAACCUUUUCAUUUUGAUAUGUGGAUCAAUUUUGUUUAUAAUGAUUGCAUUUGCUUGGUAGAAGCCCAAAUGCAAGUAUUUGACCAAAAAGAUGGUGCACACUUUUAGAAACAAUGGUGUAAAGGUAAAAAUAAAAUUUAUAAAAUCAGGUGUCAGCACAAUUAAACAUAAGAUAUCAGCAAAAUAACACUCAGCAAAAUAGUCUAAUAUCGUUAUCGAUAAAAUCCUAGAACUCACAGAGAUAUAACUUUUUGUCUACAUUGCAAACCCUUAAUUUUUUUUCCCUUUAUUUUAAUGUGCCACCCCAAAAUUUACUGUGGCCUCAUUUGGCCACCCCUGUUAAAAUUUUCUGGGGGCGCCACUGGACACAAAUAGCCAUGACCCAAAUACAGCUCUCACAUACCACAUUUUAUUCUACAAUUCCAUUUAGAGGGUUUCCCUUAGGGCAAAUAUAUUGUUCAAAAUGAGUAAUUCAGAAUCAUGAGCUCCAAAUGCUUUGCUAAUGCUGCUGACCUCACGUUAUUGUAUUGUUGGUGUAGAACUUUUUUUUUAAGCUGGAAAUUUGAGACUGGCUUCAAGACUGGCUGUUUAGGCAAUUAUAUGGUCUUGCUAACUCCUUCUCUUUGUUGUAGACAUCUCACCUUCCAUGAAGGCAAACAGAGAGAGAGAGAGAGAGAGAGAGAGAGAGAGAGAGAGGGAGAGAGAGAGAGAGAGAGAGAGAGAGAGAGAGAGAGAGAGAAAUUGAACACUAUACCUUCAAAAGUAUUGUAUGGUUCUAAGUAUAAAGGUAUUGUGGUUGAUCACCUUUCAAUCAUUUUUAAUUGAAAUGCUUUCACAAUAUAAUAAAUGGGGUGAAAU